ACCAUGUGUGUGAGUUGGGCGGGGGGUGCAAGUGGGAUGGGGUAUCUCGAUUCCGUACGACAGCCACAGUAGCUAGCCAGGGUACCAUCGCUAGCUAGGUGUUUACCUAUCUUUAACGCACGUUUUCCCUUAAAUGAACGCGUCGGAAUAUUGCUGUGACAUCGCCUGGUGUUGAAGAAGUUGAAUAAACAUGGGUGACCCGGGGGACAUUUGUCCCCACCUGGAAUCCAUAGGGGAGGUCACCAAGGAGGACCUUCUGCAGAAAUCCAAGGGAACCUGCCAGUUAUGUGUAGCGGGAGGUCCCAACCUCUGGGCCUGUCUUCAGAGCGAGUGUCAAUAUGUUGGCUGUGGAGAAUCUUUUUCAGAUCACAGCACCCUACACGCACAGACUAAGAAACACAACCUGACAGUAAACCUGACAACGUUCAGGAUCUGGUGCUAUGUGUGUGAGAGGGAGGUGUUUCUAGAGCAGAGGCCUGCAGUGGUAUCUGCUAUGUCUGCCACACACACUCCCCACCACUGUAAAGCAAUGGACAACCAGGUACGCCAUCGCACAAAGGAUGCAGUUCAUCAACCAGUGAGUCAACACCGCCCGUUGAAGGCAGUGCCCAUCGCGGUGGCAGAAGAAGAGGGGUCAGAGUCGGAGGAGGAUGACCUCAAACCCAGAGGUCUGACAGGGAUGAAGAAUAUCGGUAACUCCUGCUACAUGAACGCAGCUCUUCAAGCCCUGUCCAACUGUCCUCCUCUCACUCAGUUCUUCUUGGACUGCAGUGGACUGGUGCGGACCGACAAGAAACCUGCGCUGUGCAAGAGCUACCAGAAACUAAUCUCUGAGCUCUGGCACAAGAAACGGCCCAGUUACGUGGUCCCCACCAGUUUGUCCCAGGGCAUCAAGCUGGUCAACCCCAUGUUCCGUGGCUACGCCCAGCAGGUAGGGGCAAGCUCCCAGCAGGACACCCAGGAGUUCCUGCGCUGUCUGAUGGACCAACUCCACGAGGAGCUCAAGGAGCCACUGGCAGAGUACGUUGGGGGAGGGGAGGGGGAUGAGCGGAGGGACGGGGGCGACCGCUCCCCUAAUGAGGAUGACUUCCUCUCCUGCGACUCGGGCGCCAGCAGCGACCGGGGAGAGGGAGGAGGGCUGGGUGAGGCGGGGCUGCUCAUCCAGGACGAGUGUGGGGUGUCGCCAAGGGUGGGAGGAGGGGGGACAGGCACUGGGGGGCGAGCAGGGACAGGAGGGCCCAUCUCGGAGAAAGAGAGGCUGAAGGAGAAGAGGGUGUUGGGCUCGCCCCUCCACGGAGGCUCCCAGGAGAUGGACGAGGACGCAGAUGUGGAUACGGCGGCGGCCGAGGAGGGGGCUCUGGAGAGGGGGGCGGAGGAGGAGGAGGGGACCCCCCCUAGUCCUAGACCACAGAGCCCACAGAGCCCCAGUCUGAGCCCGAGUCAGACACAGGGACAGGGGCAGAUGCAGAGCAACAACACUCCAGAGCCAGACAAUGAGGCAUCGAUGCAGCAGCGCCCCCAGUCUCGCCCCUGCAGCCCUGUCCGUACGGACCAGGAGCUGCAACCCAAACUCUCCUCCAGCCCCCUCCGCUCUGCAGGGCCCACAUAUUCCUUCAAGAAAGCCCAGCUGCUCCUGGGUGCCAAGAAGAAGAAACAGUCUCUCUACCGCAGCGUCAUCUCAGACAUCUUCGACGGCUCUAUCCUCAGCCUGGUCCAGUGUCUGACCUGUGACAGGGUGUCGACCACUGUGGAGACAUUCCAGGACCUGUCUCUGCCCAUCCCAGGUAAGGAGGACCUUGCCAAGCUACACUCCUCCAUCCACCAGAACCUCCCAGCCAAGACCGGGGUGUCUCUCGACGUCUACGGCUCCCAGGGCUGGAUCACCUACAUCAUGGACUCCAUACGCAGGUUUGUGGUGUCCUGUAUCCCCAGCUGGUUUUGGGGUCCCAUGGUGACACUGGAGGACUGUCUCGCUGCCUUCUUUGCUGCUGAUGAGCUCAAAGGGGACAACAUGUACAGCUGUGAAAAGUGUAAAAAAUUGAGAAAUGGUGUUAAAUAUUGCAAAGUACUUCGGCUACCUGAGAUUCUGUGCAUUCACCUGAAGCGUUUUCGUCAUGAGGUGAUGUACUCCUUCAAGAUCAACAGUCACGUGGCCUUCCCAUUGGAGGGACUCGACCUCCGACCUUUCCUGGCCAAGGACAGCCUCUCCCAGAUCACCACAUACGACCUGCUGUCCGUCAUCUGUCACCAUGGCACCGCAGGCAGUGGUCACUACAUAGCGUACUGUCAGAACGUGAUCAACGGUCAGUGGUAUGAGUUUGAUGACCAGUAUGUAACAGAGGUCCAUGAGACGGUGGUGCAGAAUGCUGAGGCCUAUGUGCUGUUCUACAGGAAGAGCAGUGAGGAGUCGGUGAGGGAGAGGCAGAAGGUUGUGGCUCUAGCCAACAUGAAGGAGUCCAGCCUGCUGCAGUUCUACAUCUCCAGAGAGUGGCUCAACAAGUUCAACACCUUCACUGAGCCAGGGCCCAUCAGCAACCACACCUUUCUCUGCCAGCACGGAGGGAUCCCACCCAAUAAGUACCACUACAUUGACGACCUGGUGGUGAUCCUGCCCCAGAAUGUGUGGGAGUACCUGUACAACAGUUUUGGAGGAGGCCCAGCAGUGAACCACCUGUACGUAUGUGCUAUCUGCCAGGUGGAGUUAGAGGCUCUGAUCAAACGCAGAAAGGUGGAAAUAGACACCUUUAUCAGGUUGAAUAAAGAGUUCCAGGCGGAGGAGGCUCCUACAGUAAUCCUGUGUAUCAGCAUGCAGUGGUUCAGGGAGUGGGAGAACUUCGUCAAGGGCAAAGACAACGAGCCCCCUGGUCCUAUUGACAACAGUAAGAUUGGUGUGAUGAAAGGGGGACACGUACAACUAAAGCAAAGGGCUGACUAUGGUCAGAUCUCAGAGGAGACGUGGCAGUAUCUUCUCAGUAUCUAUGGUGGAGGGCCUGAAACUGCAGUAAGACAGACAGUGCCGGCCCCGGCCCCCGACACAGACAGCCUGCACAGAGAGCGGAAGAUGGAGGCAGAGACCAGGGCACUCUGAGAAACACACACAAUGGCUCAUACAUCCCCAGCUGAGGAUCCCACACCGACGGCAACCCUUCCAUGGCCAAAGACUGACCAGAACCACAUUUGGUAAUAGAACACUUGUCAGAGCCAUAGUAAACCCUACUCAUGAUGACCAAUAUACUGACGUCAUGAAGGAGAGAUGGACAAAUAUCCAACACUUCCCCUCCUUACUGGCACUAGAGAAGGACUUUCCAGAACAGACUAAUAUCUCUAGCACAGAAUUAAGAAACACUGGAGCAUAAGCUACCCCAUAUAUUGCCCUCAGUCUAUGGGCCCAGCUAGGCUUCUCAUCACAGUCCAUCUUGGAACAGAUGAAGCUGAUGUAAAUAUUGACAUUGUGUGGCUGCCUGUCCUCAUCUGACCUGUACUAAGAGAGAGAGAAGAGAAAGUUCUGGGAGCUCAUCCAUAACCCUUUGACUCCUCAACUGGCGGUGACCUCAGAGCUGCCGUAGGGGCAGAGUUGGUUGUGAGGCAGCUGUCUGCUGCGGUUGACAUACAACCAACAGUCUGACUUUCUCUUCUUUUACUCCCUCUGUUUGUUCUCUUGUUGUAGCUACACCUCUUUCUCUCUCGGUCAAAGGGUUCAGAUAGGAGUGCUGGCAUAAACACAUUCCGAGGGAAGACACACUCGCUCACUCACUGGAGGCCUGAGUCAAUGCUCGCUCACUCACUGGAGGCCUGAGUCGACGCUCGCUAACUCACUGGAGGCCUGAGUCAACGCUCGCUCACUCACUGGAGGCCUGAAUCAAAGCUCGCUAACUCACUGGAGGCCUGAGUCAACGCUCGCUAACUCACUGGAGGCCUGAGUCAACACUCUCUCACUCACUGGAGGCUUGAGUCAACGCUCGCUCACUCACUGGAGGCCUGAGUCAACGCUCGCUAACUCACUGGAGGCUUGAGUCAACACUCGCUCACUCACUGGAGGCCUGAGUCAGACUACGCCACUGAGCAAGAAGUGUGUGUGUCAGUGACUGCCAUGUCUGUCCGUCCGUCUGUCUGUCCCUGUGAAUAAGUGUGAGUGACAUCAUGUAUGUAAUGGUUACCGGUGUCUGUCUGUCUGUGUGAAUGAGUGAGUGACAUCACGUGACAUAACGUGUGUGUAUAUAUCAGCAUCUAACGUUACGAGUCAAGUCCACUGUGUGUGUGAGUCAAGUCCACUGUGUGUGUGAGUCAAGUCCACUGUGUGUGUGAGUCAAGUCCACUGUGUGUGUCAAGUCCACUGUGUGUGCGUGUCAAGUCCACUGUGCAUGUCAAGUCCACUGUCUGUGUCAAGUCCAUUGUGUUUGUCUCUCUCCAUAAAGCCACCAUGGGCUGUGCCAUGUGUUCCCAGUUGAUUGACAUGUGGAGCGUGUCGGUGAGGAUAACCAGACGCAGGGCCAUGGAACUGACUGCCCUCCCCGAGGUGCUCCAGGGGGGCUACCACAGAGUCACCAGCCUCCACUACAUGUCCUCCUUCUCCGAUGCAGAGGACUGCUGCGAUGACAACAGUCACAACAGCACUACCGGCAGCUCCUUCACCAUGGACUGGCAAGAGACGGAUGACUGACCCUGGGGCGGCAGGUAGCCUAGAGGUUAGAGAGGCGGGCCAGAAACCGGACAGUCGCUAGUUCAAAUGUGCCCUUGAGCAAAGCACUUAACCCCCAAAUCUGCUCCAUGGUUACUGCACUGUGGCUGACCCUGGCUUCCAACCCCUCGGGCAUGUGUGUGGGGGGUAGGGUUGGAAGUAAAAUAUGAAUUUCUGUAAUCUGCGAAGAAAAUGGCAAAACGUAAACCCGACAUAAGCACGUUGGCUAAUCCUCUCUGUGUGUAUGUGAGUGAUUAAAAUGUCCGUCAUUGA